UUCCCGGGGUCCCGCGCUGGGGAACGGAGCGUGCGCCCCCGCCACCCCCGACGGCGGCGGCCCGAGCUCGGCUCCGCAACCCCACCCCCCGGGGCUCCCCGCCCGCCGCGCUCGGGGGUCCGGGCGGCGGGAGGGAGCGCGGAGCCCGAGGGCCGGGACCCGCCGACGCUGCCCGUGCAUCGGGGGGUCCGGGGAGCCCCGCGCCACCAGCCCCGCGCCCCGGCCGCGGAUGAGGAGCCCGCGGCGGCCGCCCGCGCACUGAGAGCCGCGGGCAGGGUCCCCCGGCCGCCCCCGAGCCCAGCCAGCCGGACCCCGCGGGCCUGACAAGCGACCGGACAUGCAGGAAGGCCAGCUUGGGAAGCUGAGGGUCCCUGGGGUCUGCCCGGGGCGCUGGGGAGGGCCGAGGCCCAGGAUGCCCGGCCUGCUGCUACUGGCCGCUGCUCUGCUCCUCUCCGGCUGGGUCCAGCUGCCGGCGGAAGCCAGUUCCUGGUGGUCGUUAGCUAUGAACCCAGUGCAGAGACCCGAGAUGUUUAUCAUCGGCGCCCAGCCUGUGUGCAGUCAGCUUCCGGGGCUCUCUCCCGGCCAGAGGAAACUGUGCCAGCUGUACCAGGAGCACAUGGCCUACAUAGGGGAGGGCGCCAAGACGGGCAUCAAGGAGUGCCAGUACCAGUUCCGGCAGAGGCGGUGGAACUGCAGCACGGUAGACAACACAUCUGUCUUCGGGAGAGUCAUGCAGAUAGGCAGCCGGGAGACGGCCUUCACCUACGCCGUGAGCGCGGCCGGGGUGGUCCACGCCAUCAGCCGCGCGUGCCGCGAGGGCGAGCUGUCCACGUGCGGCUGCAGCCGGGCGGCGCGGCCCCGGGACCUGCCCCGGGACUGGCUGUGGGGCGGCUGUGGGGACAACGUGGAGUACGGCUACCGCUUCGCCAAGGAGUUUGUGGACGCCCGCGAGCGGGAGAAGAACUUUGCCAAAGGAUCCGAGGAGCAGGGCCGCGUGCUCAUGAACCUGCAGAACAACGAGGCGGGCCGAAGGGCUGUGUAUAAGAUGGCAGACGUGGCCUGCAAGUGCCACGGUGUCUCGGGGUCCUGCAGCCUCAAGACCUGCUGGCUGCAGCUGGCCGAGUUCCGCAAGGUGGGGGACCAGCUGAAGGAGAAGUACGACAGCGCGGCGGCCAUGCGCGUCACGCGCAAGGGCAAGCUGGAGCUGGUCAACAGCCGCUUCAACCAGCCCACCCCGGAGGACCUGGUCUACGUGGACCCCAGCCCCGACUACUGCCUGCGCAAUGAGACCACCGGCUCCCUGGGAACCCAGGGCCGCCUGUGCAACAAGACCUCGGAGGGCAUGGACGGCUGUGAGCUCAUGUGCUGCGGCCGCGGCUAUGACCAGUUCAAGAGCGUGCAGGUGGAGCGCUGCCACUGCAAGUUCCACUGGUGCUGCUACGUCAAGUGCAAGAAGUGCACCGAGGUGGUCGACCAGUACGUCUGCAAGUAGCCGGCCCGGGCCCGCCUCCACAGCGCCGCGCAGAGUUUAUAUGAUAGAAAGCUCUAUAAAUCUAUUUUAUAUUUGUAUAAAUGAAGGGAUGCAGGAUAACUAAUUAAAAGAGAAAAUGGGAAUGGAAACGCGUAUUUAAGAGACGUCCGAGAGCUUCUGCGGUUUGGAGUCGAGCCGGGCCGCCACCCUCCUCAGAAGAGGCUGGAGAAAGGGCCUCCGGGGAGGCAGCAGUCUGCGCAGUCUGUCUGGCCGGGGAGGGGCGUCUGCGGGGCGCGGGUGGGCGGCCUUGGGGCUGAGGACUCGGCUUAGCCCCUGUGUCGGGGCCACAGAGAUACUACAGUGGGGAGGGUUCGGUCCCCGGCACCCCCGAAGGCCCUCCGCGCCCUGCCAGGAGUCAAUCCCGGGUGCAGAGCCAGGAGUCAGCCCUGAGCACCGCUGGCUGUGCCCCCCACCCCAAAACCAAAUAAACCCAAACCCAACCCAACCCCUGAUGUCCCGUGCAGGGUUGUGCUGAAACAUCACGGGGCUUGCUGAGAGGCGUGGGGUUUCCUCGGCCUUCCUCCAGGGGCCUCCCCGGGGCGUGAUUUGUCACUUCCGCCCUCCGGGGAGGCCCCGCAGGAAGCGCAGUAGGGUCGGACCCCACCAGCCCGCACCGUCUGUUCAUCCCUGCCCCGAGGAACAGGGGAACAGUUUCUCUGACAUUAAGUGCCCGUCACCGCUGGUCUCUCCCCGCAUUCCUUGGACGCGCGAGUGGUAGCUGAGCCUGCCCGCCCCGUGGCGGGUGGAAGCGCGUCGGGGAGCUGAGAUACUGCCGAGCCCUGGUCUGGCUGUCGGAGAUGGGGCAGGAGAUUCUGGGGCGACGGUAGCCCGGUGGGGAGGGCGUUUGCCUUGCAGGAUUGCGGGUCCGGGUUUGAUUCUCAGCGUCCCAUGUGGUUCCCGGAGCGAAAGGGGGAGUGAUCCCAGGAGGAAGCUCUGUGCACAGCCAGGUGUGGCCCCAAAACCAAGAGGAAAAACAGAAGCAGGGAGGCUGGGAGGGAGAUGGCCCAAGGAACAGAAACCCAGGCCUUGCAUGUGACAACCCCUCUGGGUUCCCUCCCCAGCGCAGCCUGGUCAUUCCCCUGCCAGGAGCACGCCCUUCCCCCCCUAAGAAAAGCAGGAUUGAACACUAUAAUGAGAAGGAAAUUAAGUGACACUUUGGCACACUCACCCAGACUGUGCAAAGUGGAGCACUCAGUCAAUGCUGGUGGUGAAAACGCUAUUCUGAACAGAAUCGCUUAGGGAUGGAGCAAGCCAGAGAGAGCACCCGGA